AAGCUUUGUUUCUCGAACGAACAAGCGGAGCCCAAAUGCAGUGGGCCCGGCGCGGGACGUGAUCUCUCCCUCGCGAAGGAGCGUCGUCAUCCUCGCUUCGGAGAAGCGCUGCCAGUGCAGAGUAGAAGCUUCGGUCAUGGCAGCUCCUCCUCUGCUUCUGAGGAGCGCGCCGGUCCUCCGCCUCCGGCUCCACCUCCACCUCCGGCUCCACCACCGCCUCUUCGCCGGAGGCCUGCGUCCGCUGCGCGGCGGCGGCGGCGGCGGCGGCGGCGGACGCCUCGACCGAGCCGGCUUCGCCGGGGAGAAGGCGUCCUCCGAGGACAAGAAGUGGGGCGCGGCGGUGUUGUUGAGCACCAAAGAGCCGCCGAGGUACCAGAGGUGGGACGAUCCUGACUUCCGGAAGUGGAAGGAUAAGGAGGACGAGAUUUUGAGGGACAUCGAGCCCACCGUCUCGCUCGCCAAGGAGAUUCUCCACUCCGAUAGGUACUUGGAUGGGGAACGACUGACAGCUGAAGAUGAGAAAACUGUUGUAGAGAAGCUUCUCAUACAUCAUCCACAUGCUGAAGACAAAAUUGGUUGUGGACUUGAUUACAUAAUGGUGGAGCGACAUCCCCAGUUUAGAAUUUCAAGGUGUUUGUUUGUUGUAAGAACCGAUGGUGCAUGGAUAGAUUUCUCGUACCAGAAGUGUCUCCGAGCAUACAUCCGGUUGAAGUACCCAUCUUAUGCCGAAAGAUUCAUCCGGGAACAUUUUAAACGCGGCAGUGGUUAAUGCAUGUUGAAGACUCGUGCUUCAUACUGUAAGUGCGACAACAGUUUGGGAAUCACUAGACGUUGUUGGCUCGUAUAAAAUAUUCCGAAUUGGCUGUGAGGCUAAAGAAAUGCUCAUGCACUUUAGAUUAUGUCAAUAGUCAAUGGAGCAGAUGCUGCUUUGACCGGCACUUCAAGUUCAACUGUUGGUUCACAUGUGGGGACAAGAACAUGAUUGAAGGUGAACUCCACUUUUCUUUUAGGUUGUCUUUAGGACUUGUGUUCGGUAGGAAAUUGGUAGUUAGUCUCUCUCUCUCUCUCUCUCCAGCUAUAUGGAUUCCUUUGUCUGUAAAGGGACAAUCAUGAGUGAGCACAGGGUCAAAUGCUGUUGACUUAUAUGAACAGAUGAUGUAGAACUACCUUAAUCAAUGAUGGUUCAAGGUUGAUGCUUGAUUA